GAAAGUCUCCCGCGAUAAGAUUAUGUAGGAGUGGACGAGACGACCAGCAUGGCAUCCACUCUGCCACUCACUCGAGCUUUUCUCUUCGCCGAUGCUUCCAAUCAUCUACGCCGGAACUGCCUCAGAAGCUUCGCUUUCUCUGCGGCUUUCUCCUCCGACAGCGUUCACUGCAAGAAAUGGAGACACCCGGUCUCUUCACUUCCCGAACUUGGCGGAGUCGCAAUUGCGAGAGAUGAUGUUGUGAGAGAUGAUCCUACGAACAAUGUCCCCGAUAAUAUUUUUUCAAAACUUGGUGUGCAACUCCACCGAAAAGAUAACCAUCCACUCGGCAUUCUGAAGAAUGAGAUAUACAAAUACUUUGAUACAAAUUACUCAAAUAAGUUCGAUAAAUUUGAUGACCUCAGUCCAAUUGUUUCUGUGAAGGAGAAUUUUGAUGAUGUGUUGGUUCCAGAAGAUCAUGUAAGCCGAAGUUAUAACGAUACAUACUAUAUUGACUCGCAAACUGUCCUUAGGUGUCAUACAAGUGCUCAUCAGGCGGAGCUGUUGAGGAGUGGAUAUACUCAGUUUCUUGUGACAGGAGAUGUGUACCGUCGGGAUUCCAUUGAUUCAACUCACUACCCUGUAUUUCAUCAGAUGGAAGGUGUCCGUGUUUUUUCUCUAAAUGAUUGGGAGGCAUCCAGCACAGAUGGAACAUCUUAUGCAGCUGACGACUUGAAGAAAUGCUUGGAAGGUUUGGCAAGGCAUUUAUUUGGUGCUGUGGAAAUGCGAUGGGUUGAUACAUACUUUCCAUUUACGAACCCAUCAUUUGAACUUGAGAUUUUCUUUCAGGAGAAAUGGCUGGAAGUAUUGGGAUGUGGAGUGAUGGAGCAAGAAAUAUUGAAAAGAAGUGGUAAAGAGAACAAUGUUGCAUGGGCUUUUGGACUCGGAUUGGAAAGGCUGGCUAUGGUUCUUUUUGAUAUACCUGAUAUCCGUUUAUUUUGGUCAGCUGAUGAGCGAUUUACCUCUCAGUUUUCAAAGGGCAAGCUAGGUGUUAAAUUUAAACCGUUCUCUAAGUUUCCACCUUGCUACAAGGACGUUAGUUUUUGGAUCAAUGAAUCUUUCACCGAGAAUAAUUUAUGUGAAGUUGUUAGAGGAAUUGCCGGUGAUCUUGUUGAAGAGGUGCGAUUGAUUGACAGUUUUACCAACAACAAGAAGGGGAUGACGAGUCACUGUUACAGGAUUGCUUACCGAUCUAUGGAACGGUCACUAACGGAUGAAGAAAUCAAUGAUUUGCAGUGGAAUGUGAGAGAACAGGUUCAUAGCAAGUUGAAAGUUGUCUUGAGAUGAGCAUCGGACAUGCAACAAUUUCAGUCAAAGCCAUCCAGGAAUCCAGUUCUUCUAUUGGUGUUUGUUUCCUGAAACCAAAAGAAUCAGAAGCGCAUUUGACGUCCAAUAUCUCCCUUUUAUAUAGAAUAGAAGCUGAAGGAAGGUACUUUUCCAGAAUACUUGAGCCAAUUUUGAUAUUUCUUUGCAACUAAUCAGGCCUGCAGGUUAAGGUAUUGUACAUACAAAAUAUAUAGAACUUCUAACAAUACAUAAAACAACCAAACUUGAACUAGAGCCAGAUAAUCUACCAAACAAAAUGAUAUUAUGAUAAACAUUAACUACAAGAAAAACGACAGAUAACUUUUCAACACCUCCUCCAACUACCAAUAUACCUUACAUUUUUGUAAAUAUGAUAAAGACCUUUCCUGAUAGGGAAUUCCCUAUCCCGAAGCUACAUAAAUAGCAAUCUACACGGUCUUUGAAUAAUUAAUUUCAGAGUACAAUUAGGUCCUGGUAGAAUGAAUUAACGAGUGUUUAGAGUUUAGAUUUCAUAAUUAUUUUAAGAUGCAUUUGAAACCUGUUCAUAAACACAAGGGCCUGUUUAGGUUUCAAGAGAGUUUUGGUCUUGAAGUAUGGAAAGAUGUGAAGGGCAGAGUUGUAAAGGUCUGAAGCAUAAGUUGUUGAAUGGAAAUGAUAGAUUAAGCAGAGGAUGAAGCAAGGACUGUGUGGACAAGACAGUUUCCAACCAAAA